AACAGCGAGACGAGAAAACUCUUCGUGACAGCAAAACAACACGGAGGGGGGGUGAACUUCGCAUUUUUUUGGGAAACAUUGCUCUAAUUUUGUGUAAUUGUGGACAUUUCCAGAUCAGCUUAGAGGUGUCACGCGUCCCGGUCCAUGUCCACCCCGUCGGACACUCCAGGUGGCAUGUCCCAUCCUGGCCCUUCCCCUGCGGCGGGGCUUUCCCCGGGGCCCAUCCUUGGCCCCAGUCCAGGCCCAGACCGCUCACCAAGUUCUGUUCACAGCAUGAUGGGGCCCAGUCCGGGGCCCGGAACGCCCAACGCCCCUCAUGGGAUGCAGGGUCAAGGACAAAGUGACUACUCUCAGGACGGCAUGUAUCCUAUGCACAAGCCCAUGGAGGCCAUGACUGACAAGUCAAUGACAGAAGCCAUGCAUUUUGGGCACAUGAAGGGUGUGGGGAUGAGAUCGCUCCACAGCGGGAUGGGUCCUCCUCAGAGCCCCAUGGACCAGCACAGCCAAGGUUACAUGUCUCCACAUCCUUCCCCCAUGGGAGUCCACGAGCACGCCUCCAGCCCCAUGCCAGGAGGUGGAGGUGGAGGUGGACCCACGCCGCCGCACAUCCCUCCCUCCCAGUCAGGUCCCAUGAUGCCCAUGGAAGGAGGCAUGGCCGGCAUGGGCCAGCAGGGCCGCGGACCCUCUGCCUUCAGCCCGGUCCAGCUGCAGCAGCUCAGAGCUCAGAUUCUGGCCUACAAGAUUCUGGCCCGCGGACAGCCGCUGCCCGAAAACCUCCAGCUGGCCGUUCAAGGCAAAAGGAGCCUACCCACAAUGCAACAGCAGCCACCGCAGCAGCCACCGCAGCAGCAGCAGCAGCAGGCGUCGAGUGUGAGCCCCUACAGACCUUCAGGGAUGCCAAUGGCGCAGAUGGGCGGCCCCCAGGCCAGCCCCUGCCCGGCGCCUGCCAUGCAGGGAGCCAAUCAGAGUGCAGCCAAGCCGUGGAGUGAUGGUGGAGAAAAUCAGGCCCACGUGCAGAAACACCUCACCCCCGUCUCCAGCGGGCGUCCCUCUCCCGCGCCGCCGCAGACCUCCGCUGUGCCUCCGGGGCCGGCACUGAGCGGCUCGGCAGCUGGACUCCCACCGGGCCAGCAGGUGUCUCCCAUGCUGCAGAUGCAGCAGAAGCAGAACCGCAUCACUCCCAUACAGAAGCCCCAGGGCUUGGACCCGAUGGGGAUCCUGCAGGAGAGGGAGUUCAGGCUGCAGGCUCGCAUCGCCCACCGAAUCCAGGAGCUGGAGAGUCUACCGGGGUCUCUGCCUCCUGACCUGAGGACCAAAGCCACUGUGGAGCUCAAAGCGCUCCGUCUGCUCAACUUUCAGCGGCAGCUGAGGCAGGACGUGGUGGCGUGCAUGAGGCGGGACACCACCCUGGAGACGGCGCUCAACUCGAAAGCUUACCGACGCAGCAAGCGGCAGACUCUGAGGGAGGCCCGCAUGACGGAGAAGCUGGAGAAGCAGCAGAAGCUGGAGCAGGAGAAGAAGCGCAGGCAGAAACACCAGGAAUACCUCAACAGCAUUCUGCAGCAUGCCAAGGACUUCAAAGAGUAUCACCGCUCGGUUUCCGGCAAAAUCCAGAAAAUCACCAGAUCCGUUGCCACGUGGCACACUAACACGGAGCGGGAGCAGAAGAAGGAGACGGAGAGGAUCGAGAAGGAGAGGAUGAGGAGGCUGAUGGCUGAGGAUGAGGAGGGGUACAGAAAACUGAUUGAUCAGAAGAAAGACAAGCGUCUGGCCUACCUGCUGCAGCAGACGGAUGAAUAUGUGGCCAACCUCACUGCUCUGGUUUACGAGCAUAAGGCUGCUCAGGCUGCCAAGGAGAAGAAGAGGAAGAAGAAGAGAAAGAAGAAGGUGGACGGAGACGGUGAAGGCACCAGCGCCUUUGGACUGGAUGGAGAGCCCAUUGAUGAGAGCAGCCAAAUGAGCGAGCUUCCUGUCAAAGUGAUUCAGACCGAGACCGGGAAGGUCCUACAGGGAACCGACGCCCCCAAGUCCAGCCAGCUGGAGGCUUGGCUGGAGAUGAACCCUGGGUAUGAAGUUGCUCCGCGGUCAGACAGCGAGGAGAGCGGCUCCGAGUUUGAAGAGGAGGAAGAAGACGAGAUGACAAAAGGAGAAAUGGAGGAGAAGAAAAUAAUCGAUCCCAACGGAGACGAAGUGACAGUGAAGGCUGCCAAGCACAUCAUCGAGUCGGCCAAACAAGACGUGGACGAUGAAUACAGCGUUCCUACGGACCAGACCAGCCUGCAGUCCUACUACGGCGUGGCGCACGCCGUCAUAGAGAAGGUGGAUAAGCAGUCCACGCUGCUGAUCAACGGCAUGCUCAAACAUUAUCAGAUCCAGGGUCUGGAAUGGAUGGUUUCUCUCUACAAUAACAACUUGAACGGGAUCCUGGCUGAUGAGAUGGGCCUCGGUAAAACCAUCCAAACCAUCGCGCUCAUCACCUACCUGAUGGAGCACAAAAGGCUCAACGGCCCGUACCUCAUCAUCGUUCCGCUUUCGACUUUGUCAAACUGGGUCUAUGAACUCGACAAAUGGGCUCCUUCUGUCGUCAAAAUUGCUUACAAGGGAACUCCCGCUCUGCGCCGGGGGCUCGUUCCUCAGCUUCGCAGCGGGAAGUUUAACGUCCUGCUGACCACCUAUGAAUACAUCAUUAAGGACAAGCACAUCCUGGCCAAGAUCCGUUGGAAGUACAUGAUCGUGGAUGAAGGUCACCGCAUGAAGAACCAUCACUGUAAGCUGACUCAGGUGCUGAACACCCACUACGUGGCCCCCCGCCGCCUCCUCCUCACCGGCACGCCGCUGCAGAACAAGCUGCCCGAGCUGUGGGCUCUGCUCAACUUCCUGCUGCCCACCAUCUUCAAGAGCUGCAGCACCUUCGAGCAGUGGUUCAACGCUCCGUUCGCCAUGACGGGAGAGAGGGUGGACCUGAACGAGGAGGAGACCAUUCUGAUCAUUCGCCGUCUGCAUAAGGUGCUCCGCCCCUUCCUGCUUCGUAGGCUGAAGAAGGAGGUGGAGUCGCAGCUUCCAGAGAAGGUGGAGUAUGUCAUCAAAUGCGACAUGUCGGCCAUCCAGAAGGUUCUGUACCGCCACAUGCAGAAGGGCAUCCUCCUCACCGACGGCUCCGAGAAAGACAAGAAGGGUAAGGGAGGCGCCAAGACCCUGAUGAACACCAUCAUGCAGCUGAAGAAGAUCUGCAACCAUCCAUACAUGUUCCAGCACAUUGAGGAGUCUUUCGCGGAGCAUCUGGGAUAUCCAAACGGCAUCAUCAGUGGGCCCGACCUGUACCGAGCUUCAGGGAAGUUUGAGCUCCUGGAUCGGAUCCUCCCAAAGCUGCAUGCCACAGGCCACCGAGUGCUGCUCUUCUGCCAGAUGACCACCCUCAUGACCAUCAUGGAGGACUACUUCGGAUACCGCAACUUCCUGUAUUUACGCCUCGACGGAACAACCAAGUCAGAGGACCGAGCCGCGCUGCUGAAGAAGUUCAACGAGGAAGGAUCUCAGUACUUCAUCUUCCUCCUCAGCACCAGAGCCGGCGGCCUCGGCCUCAACCUGCAGGCCGCCGACACCGUGGUCAUCUUUGACAGCGACUGGAACCCGCACCAGGACCUCCAGGCUCAGGACCGCGCCCACCGCAUCGGGCAGCAGAACGAGGUGCGCGUCCUCCGCCUCUGCUCCGUCAACAGCGUGGAGGAGAAGAUCCUGGCGGCUGCCAAAUACAAACUGAACGUGGACCAGAAAGUCAUCCAAGCCGGCAUGUUUGACCAGAAGUCCUCCAGCCACGAGCGCCGCGCCUUCCUGCAGGCCAUCCUGGAGCACGAGGAGCAGAACGAGGAGGAAGAUGAGGUCCCUGAUGAUGAAACCCUUAACCAGAUGAUUGCUCGCAAUGAAGAUGAGUUUGAGCUCUUCAUGCGCAUGGACAUGGACCGAAGGAGGGAGGACGCCAGGAACCCCAAACGGAAGCCCCGCCUCAUGGAGGAAGACGAGCUGCCGUCCUGGAUCAUCAAAGACGACGCCGAGGUGGAAAGGCUCACCUACGAGGAGGAAGAGGAGAAGAUGUUCGGAAGAGGGUCCCGCUGCCGCCGGGACGUGGACUACAGCGACGCGCUGACCGAGAAGCAGUGGCUGAGGGCCAUCGAGGACGGAAACCUGGAGGAGAUGGAGGAGGAGAUCCGGCUGAAAAAGCGCAAACGCAAAAGACGCCAGGACAAGGACUCGUCCAGCAGGGAGGAGGGAGGCGGCAAGGCCAGGAAGAGACGUGGGCGGCCGCCGGCAGAGAAGCUCUCCCCCAACCCCCCCAAGCUCACCAAGCAAAUGAACACCAUCAUCGACACCGUGAUCAACUACAGAGACGGCGCCGGACGGCAGCUCAGUGAAGUCUUCGUUCAGCUUCCGUCCAGAAAGGAGCUCCCGGAAUAUUACGAGCUGAUCAGAAAACCCGUGGACUUCAAGAAGAUCAAGGAACGUGUGAGGAACCAUAAAUACAGGAGCGUGGGCGACCUGGAGAAGGAUGUGAUGCUGCUCUGUCAAAACGCUCAGACCUUCAACUUGGAGGGAUCACAGAUCUACGAGGACUCCAUCGUCCUGCAGUCGGUGUUCAAGAGCGCCAGACAGAAGAUCGCCAAAGAUGACGACACGGAGGAAGACAGCGACGAAGACGAUGAUGAUGACUAUGAGUCGGAGGCUGAGGCCAAGGCCGUUCGCGUGAAGAUCAAGCUGAGCAGGGAGGGCCGCGGCGACAAAGGAAAGAAGAGGCAGAGCCGGGGGAAGGCCAAGCCGGUGGUGAGCGAUGACGACAGCGACGAGGAGCCGGACGAUAACGAUCAGUCGGACAAAACCCAAAGUGACGACGACUGAGGAGGGAGGGAUGAGGACGAUCAGUGCACUUAUGAAGCAGAGGUUCCUCUUUCACGCCUCGUCGUUCAUUCGUGUUUCUGUUUUCUGACGACGGCGAUAUCGCCUCUGAUCCCAGAUCCGGUGCUUUUCCGGCCUUUUUUCUCAUCUGUGUGCUUCAAAGCAAAAGCACCAAAAAGCUCUUUUACAAAUCUACUUUAUUCUUUCUAAAUGUGCUUUUUCUUUAUUUGUUUAUUUACCAAUCUUCUAAAAAUGUUUAAAAAAAUUCAUGAUCAGUUUUAGACCCUCAAAAGUCAGGCUUUUAAUUUGUAGGAAGAAGUGUGUCAGGUGUUGAACGGCGACGGUUUUCCUGCAGCAUUCCAAAGCUUUGUAUCAAGGACACACCUGUGAGCCACACCUGGGGGCGUGGCUGUGAGCCAUGCCCCCAGGUGUGGCUCUCCUUUGGCUUCACAGCAGCAGGAGAUGCUGAACAUUUGUAACCCAAACAGUAUUACAGAAAAGUGACUUUUGGAUCGGUGACCUGCAGCAACCACUCAGUUUUCGGGAGUCAAAACUUUUUCCCGCUUUUUUAAAAAAAAAUUGAAACAAACCGCUUCAACUCGGGUCUCCAAACCCUGAAGAUGGUCAAAAGUCUUUAAGUUGGGACGGCGUCUUCUUUUUGACCACAUGAGUUUUUUUACGUUUUAUUGUGUGGUAACUUUACGAAUCUGCAUUUUUGUUUUUUCCUCAGAUCCAUUAGGUCAAAGGUCAAACGUUUGCAAUGGCAGACUUUUUUUUUAGAAAUAAGAAAUAAAAACUCCUCUUUGUUUUUUUCUUAUUUCCCCAAACAAAAACAUUUGAAGUGAUUUUUUUUUUUAUUAAAGUUACUUGUUACACAUUUAUAAAACAAUCAGUUUGAAAAAUCUAGAAAUAAAAAUGAUUACAUAACAAAAACAUUAAGACAAUAACUAUAAAGCCGAUGAUUCUUCAGCUCCUUUUCCUUCAAACAUUUCAUAAAAAUGUUGCUUUUUACCUUUUUAAUGUUCGAUAUUUGAUCUGUUCUGAGAAAAAACUUUCUCUUUUGUGUUUCUUUAGUGAAACCAGCAGUAAUGAAAUAAACAAGCCGUUCAGAUAAAAACUGGUUUUUAUUCUAGAACCAUGAAAAAUGGUUUAUAUCCUAAAAUAGAAACUAACUUGCUUUGUUUUGAAAAGUGUUGAUGAAUUUGGCCGUUUGUGCUUUUGUGAUUCCUUCAGGAACUUCCUGUUGUUGGUAGUGUGACUUCCUGCUUAAACCUUGCUCUCCGUGUUUGUGCUUGCUGACUCCAUAAGUGUGACUUUAAAUUUGCUUUCUUUGCACAGCGUCUUUGUGGUUGUAUCUCAUACCCCGAGGGCAAAUAAAUAAAGAUCCGAUUUUCAGCACAAAA